AUGGCUGAGCUCUGGGAGGGUAUCUACGUCACGGUGGUGCUCCUCGCGGCCUUCGUGGUGCUGCUCUUCGACUAUGCACCUCCGGACAUGGUCAUGCUCGCCACGCUCGCGCUGUACAUGGCGCCAGAGAUCGUCACGGUCCAGGAAGCUCUCUCGGGGUUCUCGAACUCCGCAGUCCUCUCCGUAGCAGUUCUCUUCGUCGUCGCGGCGGGCGUCGCGGAGACGGGCGCGCUCGACUACGUCCUGGGACGCAUCCUCGGCAGCCCGCGGUCUCUCGCAUCCGCGCAGAUCCGCCUCCUCGUGCCCACGAUGGCGCUCUCGGCGUUCACGAACAACACGCCGGUCGUCGCCAUCCUCACGCCCGUGGUCGUCUCCUGGUGCCGGAAGAACCGCAUCCUGCCCGGAAAGAUCCUCAUGCCGCUCUCGUUCGCCUCCAUCCUCGGAGGCACCCUCACUCUCAUCGGCACGUCAACAAACCUCGUCGUCGCAGGACUCGCGUCCGACAGCGGCACAGGCGUGUCGGUCGCGCUGUUCGACCUGGCGCCGUACGGCGCCCCCGUGGCGCUCUUCGGCCUCGCGUACAUGCUGCUCUUCAGCGAGAGCCUCCUCCCGGGCCCGCGGAAGCGCCGCGAGUGCGAGACGCCUGGCCACCGUUGCCCCAAGUGCGGCGGCACGAGUGACGACUACCUGUACCAAACGGCGGUGCUCAACGGCUCGCCGAUCGCGGGGAAGACGGUCGCGGAGGCCGGGCUGCGCGGCCUCGGCGACCUCUUCCUCGCGUGCGUGCGGCGCGGCGACGCGGUGUACCCUGCAGUGGGGUCGGACUUCACGAUAUUGGAGGAGGACAUCCUCGAGUUCACGGGGCUCCCGGAGCAGCUCGGCGACCUGUGCCAGCGCCUCGAGCUGCGCCUCCUCGGGCACGACGACGAGCCGCAGUGGGGGCAGCUCCCGAUCAUGGGCGACACCGCCGCCCCGCGCGACGACGCCCCCGUGGACCGCCGGCGGUCCUCCGCGCGCGCCGCGCGCCGCCUGCAGCGCCACUCCCUCGCGACGCCCCUCGGCGCGCCGGACGCGCACCGCGCGUCCACGCACGACGCGCCGUCCGCGCCCCCCGCGUCGGCUGCCGCGCCGCAGCCCCACAGCCUGCGCGCCGCUGACCGGCGCCUCAACGCAUCGCUCGGCGGGGCAGCCGCGCGCAUGGGCCGGCAGAGCAUGGUGCUGCCGCGGGCCCGCGGGGCCGGCGGCGCGUCGGUGCUGCAGACGAGCCAGCCCGGCACGGCGACACACCCCCCCGGCGAGGUGGUGAGCUUGACCGAGGUCGAGGUCGGCGCGGCGCCGGCGGCGCGCGAGGGGAAGCGCGCGGGGAGCUGGGCGUCGGUGCGGCGGCAGAUGACGGUGGAGGAGGAGGCGGAGGCGAUGGCGCGCGGGGCGGCGAGUGCCGCGGUGGCGCUGGCGUCUGACUUUGCGCAGGGGGGGUUCAAGCUGAUGAAGGCGGUGCUGCGGGACUCGAGCCCGCUGAUCGGCAAGUCGGUCAAGGACGUGGGGUUCCGGACGCGCUUCCACGCCACGCUGAUCAGCGUGCGCCGCGGCGAGGAGCGCCUGAAGGGGGGCCUGGGCAAGGUGGUGCUGUCGGGGGGCGACCGGCUGGUGAUGAACGUCGCGGACGACUUCGACCCGGAGGGCGAGGUCGUGCGCGAGCACUUCCGCGACGUGGAGUGCGUCCAGAACAACAGCCGCGACGCGAACAAGGAGUUCGUCAUCGCCAUGGAGGUGAAGAAGGGGUCGCCGCUCAUCGCCAAGACCGUCGACCAGGCGGGCCUCCGCGGCCUCCCGCAGACCUUCCUCGUCGCGAUCGAGCGCGCGACGGGCGAGGCCAUCAACGCCGUCGGCCCGGAGGAGGUCGUCCUGCAGGGCGACGUGCUCUGGUUUGCCGGGGACAUCGAGGGCGUCAACUCCCUGCGGAAGCUCCCCGGCCUCGAGCCGCACACGGACCAGGUCGCGAAGCUCCAGGCCGGCCGCCUCGAGCGCUUCCUCGUGCAGGCCGUCGUCUCCCCGCGCUCGGACCUCGUCGGGCGCACCGUGCGGCAGUCGCACUUCCGCACGCGGUUCGACGCGGCGAUCAUCGCGGUCCACCGGCACGGCGAGCGGCUGCGCGAAGCUCUCGGCGACGUGGCCUUCCACGCCGGCGACGUCCUGCUCCUCGACACAUCGAAGGAGUUUAUCCGCCGGCACGGUGCGGACCCGGGGUUCGCGCUGGUGGCCCCCAUCGACAACUCCGCGCCGCCGCGCAUGAACAAGCUCGGGAUCGCGUCGCUCGCGUGCGUCGCGAUGAUCGCGGUGUACGCGUCGGACGUCGCGGAGCUCGUGACGUGCGCGCUGUUUGCCGCCGCCGCGCUGCUGCUCACGAAGACGCUCUCCGUCGCCGAGGCGCGCCGCGCGGUCAAGUGGGACGUCAUCAUCACGAUCGCGGCGGCGUUCGGCAUCAGCCGCGCGCUCGAGAACUCGGGCGUCGCCAAAGCCAUCGCGGACACGCUGGUGCGGGGCGGGGAGGCCAUGGGCGUGGGCGACGUGUCGCUGUACGCCGCGAUCUACCUCGCGACGGCCGUGCUGUCGAACGUCAUCGCGAACAACGCGGCCGCGGCGCUCAUGUUCCCGAUCGCCAUCGAGGCCGCGGCGCAGAAGGGGCUGGAACCCCGUCUCAUGCUAUUCACCAUCAUGCUCGGAGCGUCGGCGGCCUUCAUGAGCCCGUUCGGGUACCAGACGAACCUGAUGGUGUACGGCGCGGGCGGGUACACCUUCCGGAACUUCAUCGUCUUCGGCGGGCCGCUGCAGAUCGUUUCGGCGGUCGCGGCGAUCGUCACGAUCAACUUGGACGAGCUGUUUUACAUUCCGCUGAUCGUGGCGGCGGUGGCGUGCGUGGUGAUCGCGGGCGGGCGGCAGGGGCUGGACCUCGUGCGCGCGUGGUGGGCCGGCGGGAGCGAGCGCCUCAAGUCGAUCGCGGGAAUUUCAAUGCGGAAACUAGGUCUGUCGAGCCAGGAGUUGAGAAGGGCGUCGCGCGAGACGCCCGCGUCCGGCGACUCCGGGAGCGCGACGGCGAGCGGUGGCGCGGGCCAGAGGAAGAGCGCGGGGACGCCCGGGUCUGGCAACGGGACGGACACGACGGAAGUCGCAGUGGUCUGA